CCUCGUUGUCCCGAUUGACUCACGCUGCGUCGCUCUCUCCCUCUCCCUCUCCCCAGUCUCCAACCGCAAGUAUGGCCGAGGAAAAGCCCACUGCCCCCACUGCCCAGGAGCAGGACAUCAAUCCCUGGUCUGUCGACGGUGGUCGUGACGCCAACGGCGAGAUCGUCGCCAUUGACUAUGAGGCCAUCUGUCGGAAAUGGAACACCUCCGUCAUUGACCAGGCGCUCCUCGAGCGCUUCGAGAAGGUCACCGGACACAAGCCGCACCGUUGGCUUCGGCGCGGACUGUUCUUCAGCCACCGCGACUUCGACCGCAUCCUGACCCUCCACGAGCGCGGCGAGCCCUUCUUCCUCUACACCGGCCGUGGCCCCAGCUCCGGCAGCCUGCACCUGGGCCACACCAUUCCCCUGCAGUUUACCAAGUGGCUGCAGGAUGUGUUCGACGUGCCCUUGGUCUUCAUGUUGACGGACGACGAGAAGGCCCUGUUCAAGGACAACGUGAGCUUCGAGGAUGCGGUGCACUUCGCCAUGGAGAACGCCAAGGACAUCAUCGCCCUCGGCUUCGACAUCAAGAAGACCUUCAUCUACAGCGACCUGAAAUACGUCAGCGGGCCCAUGCUCACCAACGCCUGGGAGUUCUCCAAGCUGGUCACCUUCAACCAAGUCCGUGGCGCGUUCGGCUUCAACGAGAGCACCAACAUCGGCCGCAUCUUCUUUCCCGCCGUCCAGUGCGUUGCCGCUUUCGCGACCUCCUACCCCGAGAUCUGGAAGGACGAGCCCCUCAAGGAACGCACCGCCGAGAUCGCCAAGAUCCAGUGUCUGAUUCCCAUGGGUAUCGACCAGGACCCCUACUUCCGUCUGCUCCGCGACAACGCCCACCGCAUGCGCUACCCCUCCCCCAAGCCCGCCCUGAUCCACUCCAAGUUCCUCACGGCCCUGCAGGGCGCCGGUGGCAAGAUGUCCUCGUCGGAGCCUAACUCCGCCAUCUUCAUGGACGACACCCAGAAGCAGAUCAAGACCAAAAUCAACAAGUACGCCUUCAGCGGUGGCCAGGUCAGCAUCGAGGACCACCGCCGCCUGGGCGGCAACCCCGACGUCGACGUCUCGUACAUCUACCUGACCUACUUCGAGGAGGACGACGCCAAGCUGGAGGAGAUCUACAAGAGCUACAAGAGCGGCGAGCUCCUGACGGGCGAGCUCAAGAAGAUCGCCAUCGAGCUGCUGCAGGGCUACGUCGCGCAGUUCCAGGAGAAGCGCAAGGAGGUCACCGACGAGGUUCUGGCCGCCUACAUGAAGCCCCGCAGGCUAGAGUGGAAGGGAAACCCCAACCCGGUCCCUGCGCCGGCACCGGAGCCUGGCAUCCCCAUCCGCACGAAGAACGCGUGACUAGGUGGAGAGGGAGCGGGGAGUAGAUGCAUAUACCGUGAUAAAAUAUCGAGCGUUGGCAAUAGAUCAUUCUGUCACAAGGUCGUGUAGCUGGAUUGGAUAGACUCGUAUGGCUGAUGCGAUGGCAGAAGCCAACGGUAUAACUUCCAGGAGGUCAUCCU